GAGUGAAUUUUAUCAAGGUCUUCAGGAUGCAAUUUUACAUGGUGACAAUAAUCCAGAACAUGUAGGUCACAGAAUAGUACUUCCUGCUACAUUCAUUGGGAGCCCUCAAGACACGAUACAAUGA